AGAAAAACCCUAUUUCAUUUGGAAGAGAGACACUCGAACAUUUAAGAAAAACUUGGCCCGCGACACCACGUUUAAGGUCAAAUUUAACGAGCAGUGGAAGGGGGAUAAAUUGUUAGAUAUACAUAACAAGUUGCACGAUAUGUUCGACGACCUGUUGUCAGAGGCCCGGGGUCACGAUGCGGAUCUGGGAAGGGUGGUCAUCAGUCAUUCGAGUUUAAACAAUCCGAUCGUCGUGCCGCUACAAUCCUGGGAAAAUCUGAAUGCAGAUGUCGUCCUGUCCGAGAUCACCAAAGUACUUAAUUCGAACGAAAGCUUGUCCGUGGACGAAAAUCUGUUGAUCACCAUAGGGUCCAUCGAUUUGCCCAAAGGGGGAGGUAACCCUAGAAAAUUACCCAUCACGUCUCUCUUUGGUCCUAAAAAUAGCGUAGAAAGAAAGAGAUCGCUUUUUCACGUACAAAAUGAUAACAACGUAUGUAUGGCCAUUUCCAUUGGUCUCUGUUACCUGAAAACGUGUGAAAAAGUAGAUGCUGUUACGUGGACAAAUUUAGUGGGGAAAGAUGCCGGAACAAUGUUCGACCAUAUCAUCAAGCACCGUACUGUUACUCGAUCCUAUUACAACAAUAUCUUGAAAACCUCGAGAAAAAAAAUGCAAACGGAGUUGGCGAUGUGGCUGUGUGAAAGAGCCGGAGUUCCUACUGACAGAUAUUUAGGUUUGAACGACAUCGAACCAUUCGAAACCUUACUUGGUGUCUGUAUCAACGUUGUGUCCUCAAGAGUAGGGAAUAAAUUUGUCAGGGUGACGGAGGACGAGGACAAGCCACGUCUGUAUUUAUAUCACGUGGACACAGAAACUGAAAAACACUGGCACGGGAUUGCCAGCAUACAAGGCUUUUUUAAGGCAUCGUAUUUUUGCCAUACUUGUUUAAAACCGUAUAAUGAUAAAUCCAAACACACGUGUACCACCUCGUGUGAGGUUUGCUUACAUGACCACUGUCCAGAAACAAAUGUCCAAAUAGGUUGUCGAACCUGUGGACGGGUCUGUCGUUCCGUGGCGUGUUUUAAACGUCAUAAAAAACAAAGAGUCGUCAAGAAAGAGAGUUAUCCUCCUCCUUGCGAACUGUUUCACCAAUGUAAAAAAUGUAGGGUCAUUCUACAUUGCUGUAAACGCUCUCCCGACUUGCACGUUUGUCAAGAAUGGCAGUGCCCUAACUGUCUAGAAUAUCAAAUAGGAGAACAUCAUUGUUAUCAAAAACCGUGUGGAUGUGAUUUAGAAAAAAGAGACAAAAAAUUUAUUUUCUACGAUUUUGAGACGCGUCAAGAGGACAUCUUUCAUUGCGAGCAAGGGUAUCGACCGUCUUGCAUCAGAUGCGACCAAUGUGUCAAAAAAGAACGCCAGUGUGUAGACUGUAGACUCUGUCAGAACUGUCGUGAUCCGUCCUGUGGUCUACAACAACACAAAGUCAACUUUGCCGUGCUGCAGACCACCUGUCACAUAUGUGAGAAAAGGGAACUGGUGGAGGGCGCCUCCUGUAGUUACUGCGGAACACGGUGUGAGCAAUGCUCCCGAACCCAUAAAGGUGAAUAUGUGAACCCCCCUUGUCCCGACACUUGUGGAAAAAGGGAAGUGGUGUUUUCUGGCGACAACGCCGCCGAGCAGUUCUGUGCUUUCGUCACCAGUGAACAUUGUAAAAAUUCGAUCUUGAUUGCCCACAAUGCCAAAAGUUUCGACUUGUAUCCGGUUUUAGAAGUGCUCAUAGACCGUCACUCUAUUCGACCUAGCAAGAUCAUUUACAACGGUUCUAAAAUCAUGUACAUGCACAUUGCGCACAAAUUAAAUUUGACUUUUGUGGAUUCCCUCAAUUUCCUGCCCAUGAAGCUUGCCAAAAUACCAGAUGCCUUCGGUCUACAGGAACUCUGUAAGGGAUACUUUCCCCAUUUAUUUAAUACUAAAGCCAAUCAAAACUACGUGGGGCCGUAUCCAGAGUUGAAGUACUACGGAUACGAUUUCAUGUCGGCCGGGGAGCGGAAAAAGCUUGCCGAAUGGCAUGCAACGAAACGAGACGAAACCUUUAACUUUCGAGAAGAAAUGUUGCAAUAUUGUCGCUCGGACGUUGAUAUAUUGAGGCGGGGGUGUCUAGAAUUUAGAAACUUGGUGAUCAAGGUGACAACUCUAACAGAGGAAACGGUUCAAGCAAACGGAAUCAUCAAGAAAACGAGCUCGGGUGGAGUCGACCCCUUUGAUUUUGUCACCAUUGCAAGUGUCUGCAUGGGGAUAUUCAAGUCGCUCUUUUUGAAGGGAAAAAGUAAAAUAGAAAUCACCAAAGAUGGUGAAUCGGAUUUGUACGACAUUCGUCAUCAUAAGAGUUUAGAGGGGGUCCAUCUCGGUGAUUCUUGGACGUCUCUCGUCGAUUUAAGAAAGGACGACAAUGUACAGAUAGGAAAACGACAUUUCAAAAGUCCCGUGGCAGUAGUACCAUCUCAAGGAUACACGAAGCGCGACAAUUACAGCAAAAUUUCCAUCCAGUGGCUGGAGUGGUUGAUGGAAAAAAGUCGUCAGCGGGGUAACCCCAUUGUCAUUUCCCACGCUCUCAACGGUGGUGAAUUCCAAGUGCCAGGGACCAAUUACAGAUGUGACGGGUUUGUCAAGAUUCCUGGCGGAAACGGAACCAUUUAUGAAUUCUAUGGUUGUGUAUUCCACGGUUGUCCCAACUGUUUCCCAGACGAUAGGAAUACCAUCAAACACCCGUCUACCAAUCAGACCAUCAAAGAAUUGUACGACAUGACCAAACACAGAGAAAAGGAAUUGAAAAAUCUGGGAUACAAAUUGGUCAUUGUGUGGGAGCAUCAAUUUAAAUUUCAAUUGGAGAAGAAUGUAGCUUUGCAACAAUUCGUGUCCACCCUAGAUCUCCAAGACAGACUCGACCCACGUGACAGUUUUUUCGGUGGUCGCACCAAUGCCAUCAAACUGCAUUAUAAAGCUGCAGAAGACGAAACAAUCCAAUAUUUCGAUUUUACCAGUCUCUAUCCCUGGACCAACAAGUAUUGUCGGUAUCCCGUCGGCCAUCCGACCAUCAUAACGGACGAUUUUCAGGACUUGUCGCAAUAUUUUGGACUGGCUAAAAUAAAAAUUCUCCCCCCUAGAAAACUUUAUCAUCCCGUACUUCCAUACAAUUCGAAUGGAAAAUUGAAGUUCCCACUUUGUAAAACGUGUGCAGACAGUGAAAAUCAAAAUGAAUGUACAUGCUCUGUUGAAGAGAGAUCCAUCACGGGCACGUGGUGUACUCCUGAAAUUCAAAUGGCAACGUCAAAAGGGUACGAAAUCUUGAAAAUCUAUGAAGUUUAUCAUUUUGCCGAGUCUUCCAAAUACGAUGUCGAGUCGUGUGAGGGGGGAUUAUUCGCUCAGUAUGUGAACAUGUUUUUAAAAAUAAAACAGGAGGCUUCCGGAUUUCCGGCCGAAUGCGACACGGAAGAGACCAAAAGAAAAUACAUUAGGGAAUACAAAGAAAACGAAGGUAUCCAAUUAGAGUAUGAAAAAAUUUAAAAAAAUCCCGGUUUGCGAUGUUUAGCGAAACUUUGUCUGAAUAGCUUUUGGGGGAAAUUUGGUCAGAGGUUGGGCAUGCAACAAUCCGUGUUCAUUCACGAAUCGGAAGCCGAAAAUUUUUUUCAAAUGCUCUCAGAUCCUACAAAGGUACCACACAACUUUCACAUUGUUUCGAGAGACAUUCUUCAAUUAGAAUGGAGUAACAACCCCCUAUUCGCGUCAUUCGACAAUAAAACUAAUAUAUUCUUGGCCUCUUUUACCACCAUGUGGGCUCGACUGAAAUUGUAUGGCGUUCUCGACAAAUUAAACGAGAACGUCUUGUAUUUCGAUACAGACAGUGUCAUCUUCAAGACAAAAAAGUCGGACAACUUGAAUUAUCUCCCCAUAGGUAAUCACCUGGGAGAAUUGACUAAUGAAAUCUCUCCACAAGACGGGUACAUUGUCGAAUUCGUUUCUGGGGGUCCUAAAAACUACGCUUACCGCACACUGUCGGGAAAAGAAGAAUGCAAAGUUAGAGGGUUUACACUUAACUGGGCCAACUCGAAACUUAUCAAUUUCCAGGCUAUCAAGUCGAUAAUCUGUACCUCACACGACCGACAAAUUGAAAUUGUCAACCCUUGUAAAAUAUCGAGAGACAGCAGAAAGCGAAAAUUGUUAAAUAGGGUUGAAACUAAAAAUUAUAAGAUGGUUUACACUAAAAGGAGAAUUCUUCCUAAUUUAGACACGUUGCCAUUUGGAUUUUGAUUAUAAAACGAAAUAUUUUGACGUUUUUGUUUUUUUUAUUGAAUGAUAAAUACACAAAUAAAAUGAUAAAAGACA